AGUAGCUAACAGCUUAAUAAUUACAAUAAAAUUUACCAAAAAAUAAUACGACGUCCAAUAUAGAAACAUACACUUUAUUUAUAGUUUAAUAUUUUUUCAUUAUUAUAGUUUUCGUUGUUUAAUCUACCAAAUCUGCGUCGCGUGUGCUUCAAACAAGGACUCAUUUUCCGGACUCGCUCCCGGCGGCAGCCGAAAUGAAAGUGAGCGAAGAGCAUCGAAACUUCCCGUUUCACACAAAGUCAGCUGUGUUUUGUUGUUCCGCAUCUACGACCUGUUGUAACAGGUAAGCAGACCGGUGGAACCGAGUCAGAAUUGGUGACUGACGGACUUUUCCAUGACGAAGGCGGGGAGAAAGAAACGAUGCAGACUUGAUGUGUUUCUCUUCAACUAAAAUGAAAGUGGAGCUCGGGUUUGUUUCCAAAUGAGCUGCUAUAAAUGAAGCUCCUCGCUCCGGCCGGCUUCACAACUCCCACUGCUCAGCUGACGAAGAACCAGACAUACCUGGAAGAUGGGUGACAAAAUCAUCGUUUUCAUUGACCUGGAGGCCACUGGAUUAGAUACUUCACAAUGUGACAUCAUCCAACUGGCCGCUGUCUGUGAGGAGAGAGUCUUCAAUAAAUACACUGUCCCUCAGCAAAGCAUGACCGAUAGCGCCAAACAGGUCACAGGCUUCACAGUACAGCCCGGCCGCCUGUUUCGCCGCGGGUCUCCCGUGGAAACCAUCCCAAUCGAUGACCUUCUGACCUCCUUCCUCGACUUCCUGCGCUCCUUCCAACGCCCCGUAUUGCUGGCGGCCCACAGUGUGAUGCGUUUCGAUGCACCUGUGCUCACCAGAGUGAUGAAGAAGUAUGACCUGUACCCUCAGUUCCAGCAGGUGGUGUCGGGCUUCCUGGACACCUUCUUGCUUAGCAAGAGACUCUUCCCGCGCAUUAAGGGCUAUUCACAGGUGUCUUUAGUCGGGAAGUUUCUGGGAAAGACCUAUGACGCUCAUAAUGCAGAGGAGGACGCCAAGAUGCUUCAGGAGCUGUAUAAGGUGUGGAGACCCGAGAAAUCCAAGGUCGUUAUAAGUACUUUUAAAGUAGAUGAAAAGUACUUUUACUAAAGGAAAAAGUCUAAUAAUGUACCCUGUUUCUGUUCAUAUAUCAACAGAAACAAAACCGUUCUCAGUGAGGAUAAAUGUAGUUUCUUUUUUUGUCCUCAUGCACCUCUAAAUCAAUGGAAAUAUUUAUACACAAUGAAAUGACAUGACGGUUGAAUACAUUUUUUGGUAUCAGAGAAUAGAAAAGAAUGAGACCUGUUUAAUUUAUUUAGUCCUGUAGCUGUGCACUUUGUCGUUUCUGUGAGAAGUAUGACUUAGUUUAUUUGUAUGAACCAUUAAAACUUAACUUUCUGUACAUUCCUAAAACCUCUUUCUUACACCAAAUCAGAAAUCAUACAAGAAUUUUACAUAGAAAUUUGUCUUCUGGUUGUCUUGUAAAAGAAAAUGAAAAUAUAUAUUCUUCGUAUAUCUCUUAUGCACCAUAGUGUAAAAAAACCAAAAACAUAUGUAGGGUCUUACAUACUUUGUAUGUAUCAUGGAUUUGGGGAUUUUCUUUUUGAUUAAAUGUUGACAUGAAAACUA